AUGUCGUCGUCAAUCCAAAAACUUUCACUAGAAUGUUUUGAUAUGAUAUUAAACUUCGCCAAUCCAGAUUGGUACUCAUGUAUUCGAGUAAAUAAAAGUUGGAGAGAUAGAAUUUUACCGAAGCUAUGGAGUCAACCGUUUAAUGACACGUUAAUGCCGACGACACCAAAUGGCGUGAAGUUAAUGAACACUUAUAUUUCUUGUUUAAGUGAGAAACAAAAAGAAUAUUUAAACAUUGAAGGUACGGAAAUGACUUCUCCAAGAAUCAAUUAUCCAGGAUAUUUAAAAGAAUUAGAUUACGAAGUACUUGAACAAUUUACUCGACGUUGGAUCUUGGAAAAGUAUCAUUUCGAACAAGAUUCUUCGAUACAUUUGGAUAUAUUUAUAGAUUCUUUAGGACCUUUGGAAACGGAAUGCUGUAAUAAACGAUCGCAAAAAUUAUUAUCAUGUUUAUAUUCAAUGUUCAUUGAAAAAAGCACAAAUUUGACGUGCUUUAGUUUUUUUUCUUCCGAAGAAUUAUGUCUUGAUUUACCAAUGUUGUCCAUGAAAACAUUUUUAUGGAAUUUAAGAUCUUUUAUCUGUAUUAUCGAUGGAUAUGAUCUGCACUUAAAGAAUUUAAUGGAAUUCAUGGAAAUCCUUUCGAAACAAUGUCAAUCAUUAGAAUACUUGGACAUUUCAUGGAUAAAUCGACAUGGAAUAAAAAUCUGCAAUCUAUUGUCAGCUAUAAUUGAGAAACAAAGCAGUCUAAAGGAAAUAAGGUUACAUACCGAUAAUUAUGUUGGUAUUAAUAGGAUAAUUGAAGUAUUAAUUAGUAGUCAAAGGGAUUGUUUAUUGACUAUACAAUUUGAGAAAGUUAAUUUUGGUUGCCCUAAUAACAUUAAUGGUUUAUUAGAUUCUUUAAAAAAAAUUAAUAAAUUGAAAGAGUUGUCUUUGAUUCAUUGCAUAACUAGAGGAAUGCCUGUGGUGAUCAUAUCGGUGGGACGCAUAUAUAACAACGACAUAAAAGGAAAGGAAAAUAAUGGUGAUGAACAUUAA